AGUUUCAUUUGGCUUCUCCUAAAUCUCACAUCGGCUCCGCGGAGCUGUUUAUGUUUUCGGUUUCUCAUUUAUAGUUUGGAAAAUUCAAAAUCCAUAAAAAAAAUUGAAAGAAAACUUUACUUGGUUUCGGAAUUCCUCUUCUAGCCAAAUUUUUAGAUAUGUCUGCGAUGUGGCGCAGCACUUUGACCGGGACGCGAAGCCACCUUUUGCCCCGGCUUUCGAGUGUCAUUUCCGGACGGCUGUAUGCCACCGAUCACAAUCCACCCCCCAAGUGCAGUGACUCGGCUGAAGGUGGCAAGUCAUGUGGCAAAUUGCAAGAGUGCGGAGAUCUUCGGUACGAGAAAAAAGAGCCACCAAAGGGCGAGUUUCAGUUUCAUCAUUUGGUCAAGCAGCCACCAGAAUGUUGCGAAGACCCCUGCCAAGAAAGGAGUCCGAAAUUCGACGAUUGCUACUAUAAGAUCUCCGACAAGGCCAAACGCGUAUACCAGGUCACCUGGGUCGAGUGCCCGCCCAUCCAGAUCAAGCCCAAGAAGAUCUGUUGCUUCAAGAACGCGAAGCAUCCGCCCAUUCAGCGUCGCAAGCGCAAGGACUUUGUGGCCGCCGCCGAGUGUCCCAAGGAGUGCACAAAUGUGCCAGAUGGGCCAUGCCCCAAGAUCAAAAUGCCCGGCUGUAGGCCCGUGGGUACCACCUCUUGCUACAUUGUUCGCCGCAAGACCGACUGCACCAAGGUGAAGACGCCAUAUCCGGCUUUCUCGGAGUGUUCUCGCGGUCGCAUUCGGCCGCCGAAGCGCAUCGAAUGCAACUGCCUGGCCAUUCCAAGCCUGUGUGAAAUUCUUGCCGAGCAGCAGCGGCAAGAGGGUAAUCCCGGCAACAAGCAAUGUGGCGGCAGCAGGGGCUAGGAGCUACCUCAAUCGUGUGUAGUUACUAUAACAGUUGAAAUUGGGUCGCUUUUCUACACUAGAGUGAGUGUAUUGUUAGUUGGGAUAUUCCGAACCCGAUUCAGUUAACACCUUCCUUUCAUGGGUGAAAUUCCAACUUUAAAUAAACCGAAACUCAUACCAUA